GGAAGCGUUAGUGGUCGCGUACCAAAGAGGAACCAUCCCAGCAAAGGAUAAGAAGAGAGUUCUAGGCGCCUCAGCCGUUUUUUCAGCAGAUGAGUCAGUGGGCUGUAGUGCUGUUGACAAAGCUUGCAGCGUGCUUUUCUGUCAGCUGGGCUGUGGGGAUGGUGAUCGCAAGCGCCUCCGACAGCCUCUGCUUCAAGCUGAAGAGGUGGCCUGUUCUGGGAUAAACAACUACCACGCGAAUUAAAUGCUGGGAAUUGAAGUGGAAUUGGCGAGGCAGUUUUAAAAACUGCAUUGAUACUUAAGGCGACUCAGCCGUUGUAUGUCUGAGAUUUGUCCACGUGCUGGCUCUUCAGACAGGUCUUCCAUAUCUCAAGUCGAGAAGUUCCAUAUCAUACUAACCAUGGAGAAAGAAGAAAAGAAAUUUGUCAAUAAAGCAGAAGAAGAUGAGAUGGAGAUCUAUGGCUAUGAUCUAUGUCGCUGGAAGUUGGUGCUAGUUACUGUAGGAGUGAUCUGUUCUGGUGGCUUUCUUCUCCUCCUCCUCUACUGGAUGCCUCAGUGGCGUGUGAAAGCAACAUGCAAAAGGACUACGCUUAAAGACUGUGAAGUGGUUCUGCUGAGAACAACUGAUGAAUUCAAGAUAUGGUUUUGUGCAAAGGUUCGCAUUAUGCCUUUGGGAGCCCAUCCUUUACAGAAUCCUAACCCUAUUGUACACAAGGUUUCAGAUGGCCAUGCUGUUAAUUUCUGUGAAUCUACUGCAGAAGAGAAUAAAAAUUAUUUGAAAAAAUAUUUGCCUAUUCGUUAUUUCACACAUCACAGCGUGAAGUAUUUCUGGAACUAUUCAGUUCAAAGUUUUGAUACUGUACGAGGUCUAGAUGAAUCUACAUUCUGUUCUUCAAUUCAUAAUGAACACAGCAGAGGACUGACAAAGGGAAUGCAUGAUUACAGAAAAGCAUUCUAUGGAGCAAAUGAAAUUGCUGUGAAAGUGCCUUCCAUUUUUAAGCUUCUGAUUAAGGAGGUUCUCAACCCUUUUUACAUUUUUCAGUUGUUUAGUGUGAUAUUGUGGAUCACUGAUGAAUAUCACUACUAUGCAUUAGCAAUUGUGAUCAUGUCUGUAAUAUCCAUUGUUAGUUCACUCUACACCAUUAGAAAGCAAUAUGUUGUGUUACAUGACAUGGUAGCAGCUCACAGCAUUGUCAGGGUUUCUGUCUGCAGAGGAAACCAAGAAAUAGAAGAAAUCCUUUCCACCGACCUUGUGCCUGGAGAUAUCAUGUUAAUUCCAUCUAAUGGGACAAUUAUGCCCUGUGAUGCAGUACUUCUCAGUGGUACUUGCAUUGUAAAUGAAAGUAUGUUAACAGGGGAAAGUGUACCUGUCACAAAGAUUAAUCUACCAAAUCCUUCCGAAUAUCCGAAAGCAAUGGGAGAUGAAAUAUACAGUCCAGAAGUGCAUAAACGGCAUACUUUGUUCUGUGGAACCAAUGUCAUUCAGACCCGUUUUUACACUGGAGAAUUGGUCAAAGCUCUAGUAGUGAGAACAGGCUUUAGUACUGCUAAAGGGCAGCUGCUGCGCUCCAUACUAUAUCCAAAGCCAACCGAUUUUAAACUCUACAGGGAUGCCUAUUUGUUUCUCCUGUCUCUGGUAGUGGUGGCAGGGAUUGGGUUUCUUUACACGGUUGUCAAUAGCAUCUUAAAUGAGGUUCCAGCUCAUACCAUCAUCAUUGAGUCUCUUGACAUUAUCACUAUCACGGUGCCUCCAGCGCUCCCUGCUGCCCUGACUGCUGGCAUCGUUUAUGCACAAAGACGGUUGAAAAAAAUUGGCAUCUUCUGCAUCAGCCCACAAAGGAUAAAUAUUUGUGGCCAGCUGAAUCUUGUGUGUUUUGAUAAGACUGGCACACUUACUGAGGAUGGCUUGGAUCUUUGGGGGAUUCAACGGGUGGAAAAUGCUCGUUUCCUUUUACCGGAAGAGAGGGCUUGCAGUGAGAGCUUGCUGAAGUCUGAGUUUGUUGCUUGCAUGGCAACUUGUCAUUCCCUUACAAAAAUUGAAGGGGUACUUUCUGGGGAUCCGCUUGAUUUGAAGAUGUUUGAAGCAAUAGGAUGGAUUUUAGAAGAAGCAACUGAAGAGGAAACAGCCCUUCAUAAUCGAAUCAUGCCGACAGUGGUUCGACCUUCAAAACAACUUUUCCCAGAAUCCAAGCAAGCAACAAAUCAAGAAAUGGAAUUAUUUGAGCUUUCGACUAGUUAUGAGAUUGGAAUUGUGCGCCAGUUUCCAUUUUCUUCAGUUCUGCAACGUAUGUGUGUAAUAGCGAGAGUUCUAGGGGAGAAGAGAAUGGAUGCUUACAUGAAAGGUGCCCCCGAAGUGAUUGCCAGCUUGUGUAAGCAGGAAACAGUUCCUGUUGACUUUGAGUGUGUCCUGGAAGAAUACACAAAGCAGGGCUUCCGAGUUAUUGCUCUUGCUCACAGAAAAUUGGAGUCUAAACUUACGUGGCACAAAGUCCAGACAAUUAAUAGGGAUGCUAUUGAAAGCAACAUGGAUUUUAUGGGGUUAAUUAUAAUGCAAAACAAGCUAAAGCAAGAAACCCCUGCUGUACUUGAAGAUUUGCAUAAAGCCAACAUUCGCACUGUCAUGGUUACAGGGGAUAACUUGUUAACUGCUAUCUCUGUGGCCAGAGACUGUGGAAUGAUUCUACCUCAGGAUAAGGUCAUUAUUGCUGAAGCACUACCUCCAAAGGAUGGGCAGGCUGCCAGGAUCAACUGGCAUUAUGCAGAUUCCCUCGCAAAAUGCACUAGUUCAUCACCAGCCAUAAACUCAGAGGAUAUUCCAGUUAAAUUGGUCCAUGAAAGCCUUGAGGAUCUCCAGAUGACCAAAUACCAUUUUGCAAUGAAUGGAAAGUCAUUUGCAGUGAUUUUGGAGCAUUUUCAGGACCUGGUACCCAAGCUUGUGUUACAUGGCACUGUGUUUGCUCGCAUGGCGCCUGAUCAGAAAACUCAGUUGGUGGAAGCUUUACAAAAUGUAGAUUACUCUGUGGGCAUGUGUGGAGAUGGAGCAAAUGACUGUGGCGCACUAAAGAGGGCACAUGGUGGUAUAUCUUUGUCUGAACUUGAGGCUUCUGUGGCAUCACCGUUCACUUCCAGGACACCUAGUAUUUCCUGCGUGCCAAAGCUGAUCAGGGAAGGCCGUGCUGCUCUAAUAACUUCAUUCUGUGUAUUUAAGUUCAUGGCAUUAUACAGCAUUAUCCAGUACAUCAGUGUUACUCUGCUAUAUUCUAUCCUGAGCAAUCUGGGGGAUUUCCAGUUUCUCUUCAUUGAUAUGGCAAUCAUUUUGGUGGUUGUCUUCACUAUGAGUCUGAACCCUGCUUGGAAGGAGCUUGUUGCGCGAAGGCCUCCAUCAGGUCUUAUCUCAGGUCCACUUCUGUGUUCAGUUUUGUCUCAGAUCAUCAUCUGCCUUGCUUUCCAAACCUUUGGAUUUUUUUGGGUCAAACAGCAGCCCUGGUAUGAGCGUUGGACAGUGGAAUCUGAUGCAUGUAAUGUAUUGGAUGCCACAAACACCAGCUCUGCACACCAUGGGAAUGACACUUCUGAGGAUGAACAUAACAUUAAAAAUUAUGAAAACACAACUUUGUUUUUUAUAUCCAGCUUUCAGUACCUCAUAGUAGCAAUUGUCUUUUCUAAAGGAAAGCCCUUCAGACAACCGUGCUACAAAAAUUUUCUGUUUGUAAUAUCUGUGAUAGCUCUUUAUGUUUUCAUAUUCUUCAUCAUGUUGCAUCCUGUUGAAUCUAUUGACGCAUUUCUUGAGCUCGUGUGUGUGCCAUAUGAGUGGCGCUUAAGAAUUCUCAUCAUUGUUAUUCUCAAUGCAAUUGUAUCCAUGCUGACAGAGAAUGUCCUCCUUGAUAUGAUCCUUUGGAAGGUUGUGUUCAAUCGAGACAAACAAGGAGAAUAUCGCCUCACCAUACCCCAGCCGCCUCAGGAGGCUAUGGAUCGCUGUGGAGUCUGUUUCCUUUCUUCCCUGUUUGGUUGUAGAGAGAAGACACCAAAAGCCAAGUAUAUGCAUCUAGCUCAGGAACUGCUGGUUGAUCCAGAAUGGCCACCAAAACCCAGAACAACAACAGAAGCGAAAGCACCAUCCCAAGAAAGUGGUUCAUAUCAAAUCAUCACUGUAACGUAACGGCGGACCUUGGUGGCAUGUGUCUUUAGUAGUAUUCAGAAGAAUGUAAUUUUAAGGCUUUAUUUGAAAUUGCAGUAUACUAAAUGUCAAAUUCUAAUGCAGAUAUUUCCAACUGUUUUGUCACUCUGAAUACAAAGUUCAGUCAGACAUCUUAUGGCUAUAAAUUUUAAAAAUGUAGGUUACCUUAGGCAGAACAAAAAUGAUUGUGUUUCCUUCUACCUUCUUUCAAAUUUCAUUAUUCCUAAAUGAGAUGUAUUUGAAGGUUUAGACUGCAGGGCAGUUAAAACAGGUUCACUUUAUUUGCCUGGAGUAUCUUAAUCAUUGUUCUAGCCUGCUUACCCAGGCAUGUGUUCAUGUAAACCCUAUGAUAUAAUGGUUUCAUGGUAGUACUAGAGGCACAUAAUAACCUUGUCAUGCCCUUCCCCCCCCCACUUUUUUUUUUUUUUACAUUCACUGUUGAAAAGCUUUGUGCCUCAGAACAGUUCUAAAGUUUUGGUGUGUGUACCUCUAAGUUUGUCCCUACUAGUAAGGAGUGUUUCCAGGUGUAAAGUUUGGAUUUUAAGUUUUAAUUCUUUAGUCUGCCACAGCAGGACUUGGCAAUGCUAUAGAAGCAAUAUGCUCUGUCCUUAAGAAGAAAGCACAUUGCUUUCAAGUAGGGUCUUAGCUUCUUUUCUAGCUAACCCCAAGGAAGGGCUUAGGUGGCCUCCAGAGGAAGAGGCAGCAUUUGGCUACACUCAAAUUUUUGGAGAAGGAAGGCUGGAGAAUCUUAACAUGUUGUUCUGUCUCAUGUUUUAUUACAUUUAGCUAUGCAUUUCUCCACAGACCUUGCUUUUUCUAGCAAAAGGGUUGGAUUAUCCCUUUGUGGACCAUGUUUUAUUUGUAAAUCUUAAGAUAAUUUUCCUAUAUACCUUGAAGUAGUAAGGCCAGAGUUACUGCUGCAAGGGAAAUGGGGGUGGGAGGGAGGAAUAUUUUCACACGCCCAUGCUUGGGAUUUGUGCAUGUUAAGAACAUACGCAUUUCAUAGUCUGCCAGUGUCUUAAGCACUAUAUGUAGCUGUAUGAAACAAAUUAAGAGAAAACAGAUGAGCUAAAGUCUGUCUUGCUGCAGAACUGUAAGGCUUAAGUGGAUUUAUUUAAAAAAAAAAAAAAA